ACUGCGUACUGCACGAUGAAGUACUACGGCACCGCCGCCGGUGGAGCAGCAGCACAUUGACUGGUGUCAUAAGAUCAUUUGAAGGACUCUCUUCGUGGGUUACCUCACAUUUCACAACGUUUUAUAGAGAGGCAGAACAGGCAGUUUGAGGGUCUGAGAUGGAUGUGGCAGUCCCUAAAUCCCGUGUGUUUCUGAACUACAGUCCCACUGCCCUGUUUUCACAGUGGAGUUUACCGGUUACUCCCACCCAAGUGAUGGCUGCGGUGCAGGAUGGACCAUGGAAGAGCCUGAGCUCUGGAAAGAAAGUGGCGUUGGCUGCUGGUAUCUCGGUUGGAGCAACAGUUGGAUACCUUAUUUAUCGUCACAUUCGAAACAGCACUGAGCAAUGCCAAAGCAAAGAGGAGUCCAGAAUAUCUGUUCCCCUUGAUGUGUAUCGAUCUAUUGCAAGAUAUCAAAGCGCCUUCUUGGACAUUGUGAAUCAGAAGUCUGGUGCCCAGAUUAAUGUGCUGCCGAACACUGAAGAGCAGAACAUGGUGAAUUUUCUGAUCCAGGGCUCACCAGAACAGAUUCUCAUAGCUCAGUGUGCACUGGAGAAACUGGCUACCGACUGUGAGGUCAUCACUGAUGUCAUAGACGUGCCUCAGACAGCCUUUGGACGAAUUAUAGGUCGUGGUGGAGAGACAUUGAAGUUCAUAAACCGAGUGUCAGGGGCGAAAGUGAACUGCUCCAAAGAUCGUGGACGCACCUUAGAGGAGAACGGCAAGAUCACUAUUACUGGCACACGCAAAGAAAUUCAGAGUGCUAAGGAGAUGAUCAUGGAGAAGGUCAUCGAGAACGAAACAGUACGAAAGCGGAUAAGCCAGGCUUCUGCUCUGCGUCAGAGGAGGAAACCUCCAGAAACCCAAGGACCUGAGAAUGAAUUAUUAAAGCCUAAUGGAAAAGAUUUGCCUACUCUAGUGAAUGAGCUUAAACAAGAGCUGCCCGUUACUGUUAACGGCUAUGUGGACAGCACUGAUACAGCUGAAAACUCCCUCAGAUCAGAAGACGAGGAGAUUCUUUCUCCAGUCUCACCUCUGGAAAUCUCCAAGUUUGAAAUUCCUAGUCCAGACCUGAGCUUCCAGCCCGAUGAGCAUCUGGAGGUGUACGUGUCUGCCUCGGAGAAUCCUCAGCACUUUUGGAUCCAGAUCCUGGGAGUCCGUUCUCUACAGCUGGACAAACUGACAGCAGAAAUGAGCCGUUUCUACAAUGGUGAUUCCUCACAGGAGCAUAGAGUGGAGACUAUUAUAGUUGGAGACAUAGUGGCUGCUCCGUACAGAGAUCACGGCACGUGGAAUCGGGCACGAGUGUUGGGAAUUGUGGGAUCAGGCCUGGUGGAUCUGUAUUAUGUGGACUUUGGGGACAACGGGGAGCUUCCUCGGGAACAUUUACGAAGCAUGAGAAGUGACUUCCUGAGCUUGCCUUUUCAAGCCAUUGAAUGCAGUCUUGCAGGGGUUCGGCCAGAAGGAGAGGUUUGGACUGAAGCAGCCCUGGAUGACUUUGAACGCAUGACAUUCUGUGCUGAAUGGAAACCUUUACUGGCUAAACUCUACAGCUACUCUCAUUCUGAGAUCUCAUCCUGGCCUAGUGUCAAACUUUAUGACAACAGCCAGGGAAAGGCUGUGGAUCUCGGUAAAGAAUUGAUUCGUCUCGGUCAUGCUGUGAGCUGUGAGGAUGAAGGAAAUGGGCUGAGGGGAGACUGGGAUGAGUCCAGAUCACUGCAGAAGAUGCUGGACGACAUGACUGGAGCCACAUCAGAACUCAGUAUGUCCUGCAUCAGUUUAUCAGGUUCACCAUGGGUAAAUGAUCAGCUGGAAAGCUCUUCACGUCUCUCGAGCUCUAUAGAGUUGGAGCGAGCCGAUGUGGACCAGAACUCAACUUUUAAACUCAUGUCUUCCUACUCCCUGAUCCACUCCACUCCAUCUCAAAACUUGAGUGACCUGGUCAGCCAAAUCCUUGAGACGUCUUCAUCCAUGCAAGACCCUCCAGUCCAAUCCAACAGCUUAACUCCAGCAUCGCCAUUACAUCAGCUGGAAAUCUCAUCUUCAUUUUCCUCUCCGUUGAACGUGGAGACUGUGACAUCAGCGCUGGAUUCAUUCACUCUCAACGAUGAAGUCUUCCUCGGAUCCCAUUAUUACGGCAGAAACGAGAAGACGACGUCCAGCGCGUCAGAAGAGACGGGUUCGUCUUAUACGCUGGAGACUCACAGUGAGAAUACAGAGAGCAGCAACAGCAGUGAUGGUAUUAGGGGGGUGUGGUAUUACCUCACUUCCUCUAGAGACUCGUCUGAAGCGUCUCUCAGCACCACCAUGCCUCAUUCAUCCACUACAUCUUCCUCUUACUCGACUGAGGCCUGUGAGGAGAGCGAUGCAUCCUCUGGGUCUGUGAUUGAGCUGAGUUCAGACUCAUCCAGGAGCGUUGAAGAUGCUAAAAUAGCGCUCAGAACAGAUAAUCAGACUUCAGAUCUAGAGAUUAUCACACUGAGUGACGGUAGCAGCUCUGGGAGUGAAUUUGUUAACAUUUCUGAAGAGCGUGAACAUGAGUCUGAGACUGCAGGAUAUUUAGAGGAAUCAGAUCCACUGAAAUGUGAUGUGAGAUGCCAGACGUCAGGCUUUAAUGAAGAUGUGUUGUGUAAUAAAGCUGAAAGUGGAAGAAGAGGAAGUGGACUAAAAAACAUGGGUUUAAAAAGUAAUACGGGAGAAAAUGGAGACGAGUCAACAAGAGAAGUUGCCUCUAUUUCCGGAAGUGUGGAUGACACUAUAGAUGAGGAGUUCAACUGACAAGACCAAAGACGUGUAUGCCUUGAUAUUGCGACCAGUUCUUCUCCUCAUUCAGCACAUGCUUCCCGUCUCUGAGAAAGAGCCUUACUUGAUGACGUCACUCGCUCAGGCUGCCUGUAUUUACUGCAUUCGUUCUUAUGAACAGUGGGUUUCAUAGUUUAUAAUGUUUUGUUACAUCUGUUGUUUUUCACAGUUUACACUUUUGUUCCCAUUGUGUUCACCUCAGUUACGUAUUAAACUGUUUUUAUUGAGUGUCAGAGGAUGGAUGGUUAAAGAGCAGAGCUCAGGGAACUCAGAAUUGAGUUGGUGAAACUCAGUAUUGUUGCAUUGUAGCACCAAAGUUCCUUUGGUUUUCUUUGGUAACAUGAUGGUUUAGUUUUGUUAAUGGGUUAUAUUUUUGUACUCUCAUUUUCUGUCAAUAUUAUUUAUGUUGUGCAUUGAGAUUUAUUACAUUAAAUGCUAUGGUAUAUAUGAGUAUACAGUUAAAUAAAGACUAUUAUUAUACUUCA